AUGGUGAAAAAGUUUUAUUGCAUUCCUGCAUGUGCAUUCCUCACCAUAACCUUUCAAACACCUUGUAUAGCCAAAAUGAGCCUUGCCACUGAUCAAACUGCUCUUCUUUCAUUAAAGCAACACAUCAUCUCUGACCCUUCUCAUACACUUGCAGCAAAUUGGACUAAUUCGAGCUCCGUCUGCAGCUGGAUUGGCGUGUCUUGCAGCUUGCGUCACCAUAGAGUAGCUGCAUUGAAUCUCUCUUACAUGAAUCUCUCAGGCAGCAUUCCACCACAACUCGGGCAGUUGUCCUUCCUCGCCUCCCUCGACCUCACCAGCAACCUCUUCAGUGGAGCGUUGCCUCACGAGCUGUCUUUCCUUCACAGGUUGAAGUUCACGUCUCUCCAACUUAACAACUUCACAGGAGAGAUUCCUCCUAUCUUUGGUCAUCUACCAGAGCUAGAGUACUUGAAUUUACGCAACAACAGCUUUGUAGGUUUCCAUCCCAAAAUCCCUCUCAAAUCUAACAAGCCUGGAAUUCCUCAACCUAAAUUACAAUUCUCUAAGUGGAGAAAUUCCAAAAGAGUUAGUAGGCAGACUUGA